CUCGGGCCGGCCCAGACGCGGCCUGGCUCGACGGGGGACGCCCCCGGGGCCCUAAUGCCCGCAGCGGCCUCGGCGGCGCUGCCUCGUGAGAGGACGUGGGGCAGCACUGACUCCUAGACCAUUCUCCCUGCUUUCCAGCAAUGGAUCCAAUGAUGGUGUAUUAGGUAAGAAGAAGAGACAAUGAAAGCCUUUUUAAAAAGUUCAGAUGGUGUUUUUAUGCUGAGAUCAAAAGUAACUACUAUAGGAAGACAUGAAGAUUCAGAUCUUGUUCUGAAGUCUGUAGGUAUUGAAGAUCACCAUGCAGUCAUUGAAUUCAGCGAUUCAGAAAACAGCUUUGUUCUUCAAGAUUUCAACUCUCUUCAUGGCACUUUCGUUAAUGAUUGCCAUAUACAGAAUGCAGCAGUGAAAGUGGGUGCAGGGGAUAUUCUGCGCUUUGGUUCAGGAGAAACAUCCUAUGAGCUAGUGAUAGAAAACACUUCUCAGCAGACGUCUUGCCCACCAAUGAAACGUCACACAGCAUGGCCCGGCCAGCUCCAGUUAAUUUCAGAGACAAAACUUUAUACCCCUUCAACAACUCCUCCUCAGCUUCCUUUCCUCCAGUCCCAGCACCCAUCCAGUGUUCACAACAGUUGGAUGCAUGGAACAAAUGGAACUACACCCCAUCCACCAAACAGAAGAAGACCUAUGAGUGCUUGGGGGAGAAGUAUGACGUCUUCUUUCUCUCCAGAUACUUUCAGUAGGCCUACUGCAGUCAGACAAGGAAAUGGACAAUCUGGAGCAAGUGGAGUUCCAUUAUCGGGAAGUCAUCAUAUGGAUUUACUUCUUCAGGAAAAGGAUGAAAUAAUUCUGAAAAUGAAAGAUGAAAUCAGUCAUCUCUUGCCUUUUGAAAGUGAGUCAAAACAUAAAGAUACAGUGAUAGCCAAUCUUCAGGAUGAAAUUGCAGUGAUGACAAAGAAGAUGGCUCAGGCUGCUAGGAAUGAUGUCGAAUUUACUCAAAAACUACUGACCUUUGAGCGAGAUAUUGAAGCAAAGAUGGAAGAGAUUAAAGCCUUGAAAGAGCAGAUCAGCAGUCUGCAGAGAGAUUCGAGCCAAGUCUUGUGCCAUUCCCUCUCUGAAAGAGACCUAGAAAUUGCAAACUUGAAAAAAGAGAGUGAGAAGUUAAGGAGGAACCAAGCUCUAACUACAGGACUGGUGACCAGUUUGCAAAGAGAUAUUUCAGCAAAGGAGCAGAGAAUACUGCAACUAAAACUGAAUGCAGAUAAACUAAAGAAGGAAAACAGGGAGAAGGAUAAUCAGCUUGCAGUCAUUUCUGCCAAGUUCCCAAGCAGUGAGAGGAGACCUCAAAAACCAUGCAUACUGGAUUUCUGUGACCAAGAAAUGUUCACCGAAUCCCCACUCGUCUGUGUACAUUCCCUUCAUUUCAGAUCUUUCCCCCCUGAACAUCACACUGAGUUGGCUGAAACAUGAGAGGGAUGAGUUGUGCAAGAUGCAUAUUUCUAGAUGAGAAGGAACAGUCAGUGGUGCAUGAGAGUGUACUGUUGAGAGUUUGACUGGUGGGUUUUUUCGGAGUACCACAAUAGCAUACUUGAAGAAUUCCUAAGGAGCAGGCAGCUGUAACAGCAAAAUACCAAUUCAUUAUAAGUAACCCAGUUGUCUUGCCUGUAAAUGAAGAAAUAUAUUUCCUCUCCUUUCCUUCUGAGUUAGAUUUUUGGAU